AUGGUUCCCCGCAGCGACCCCAUCACAGCGGACGGUCGACAAGCAAGUAAGCCUUUCGCUUUAACGAGACUAUUAGAGCUGUGCGUUGUAAGUCCAUCGUUCUCGCCUGUCCCAGAAGCCAUUAACAGGGUGAAGCGACGGUGCAUGUACGACUCACAGCCCAUUAAUCAGUCACGUCCCUCCAUACAAGCGGUUAAGGUACUACGAGUAUUCCUGCCUCCAACACACAAACUUAUUGCUGCUGAAAACCGGCCCUUCACCUUCCCUUCACCCGAACCCACACUUCACCCUUCACCCGAUCCAGGCCUUCACCUUCCCUUCACCCGAACCAAGUCCACCUUCCCUUCACCCGAAACCCAGGCCCUUCACCUUCCCUUCACCCGAACCCAAACCUUCCCUUCACCGAACCCAAAGUCCACCUUCCCUUCACCCGAACCAGGCCCUUCACCCAAACCCAGGCCCUUCACCUUCCCUUCACCCGAACCCAGGCCCUUCACCUUCGCCCUCAUCUUCAAAAGCGUUUCUUAA